AUGGCUGCUUUGUGGUUGUUACCCUGCCUGGCAUUUGUCAGUGCUAGCCAAGCCUGCGGGGAUCCUGCAAUCAAGCCCGUGAUCUCCGGCUACGCCCGGAUCGUCAAUGGAGAGGAUGCAGUGCCCGGAUCGUGGUCUUGGCAGGCGUCCUUGCAGGAGCCAAGUGGAUGGCACUUCUGCGGUGGGUCUCUGAUUAAUGAGAACUGGGUGGUGACAGCUGCCCAUUGUGGGGUGACGACCAGCGAUGUUGUGGUGCUUGGAGAAUUUGACCGCAGCUCUCCUGAAGAGGACAUACAGAAGCUGCCUGUUCAGAAGUUCUUUAUCCACCCUGACUGGGACUCCGCACAACUCACCAACGACAUCGCCCUCAUCAAGCUGGCCACCCCUGCCGUCUUCAGUGACACAGUGUCUCCCGUGUGCCUGACCGAUGCCACAGACUCCUUCCAGCCUGGAGACCUUUGUGUCACCACUGGCUGGGGCAAGACACGCUACAAUGCUUUCGACACCCCGAGCAAGUUGCAACAAACAGCCCUGCCUCUCCUGUCCAAUGAGCAGUGCAUGGAAUUUUGGGGCAGCAAAGUCACUGGUUCCAUGAUCUGCGCGGGUGCGGCAGGCUCUUCUUCAUGUAUGGGUGACUCUGGCGGACCUCUGGUGUGUCAGAAUGGCAACAUCUGGAAGCUGGUGGGCAGCGUUUCCUGGGGCAGCAGCUACUGCUCGGUCACCUUGCCAGCUGUCUACGCUCGGGUCGGUGUCUUGCGUGACUGGCUGGAGAGCACCAUGGCCAAUAACUGA